UUGUUUUUCAUUUAGGAAACAUCUCUCUUAAGAAAGGCAAAUAGUAAAAUCGGUGCCAAAAUUCUAUUUGGACUUUAGUAUUUGUGUUUUGGAAUUGAUAUUACAGAUUUAGUGUUGUGAAUGUGUCGUAGUGAGGAAUUUAUAGUGAAUUUGGUUUUUAUUUGAAGUUGACGGGGUUUUCGGAUAUUUUUGCAAACAUGCCUACGUUUAUAAUGACGAUGCCUUCGGAAGUGGCUCUGGGCAAAUCUUUGCAGCGGGAGCUGGCGGACUCCAUCAUCAGGAUGGUGCCGCUCGAUGAGAUCCGCAUACUCCUGGCUUGUGGAGCCAAGGUUAAUGAGCCAGUAACGCAAGGACUCCGGCCCCUGCACUAUGCGAUCUGGCAGCGCUACCUGGAGGCCACCAGGCUGCUGGUGGUGAGAGGGUGUGACGUCAAUGCCAGGGACGACUGUGGAUACAGCGCGUUGCAUCUCGCUGCUGAGCAUGGGUACACGGAGCUGGUAAAGUUGCUGCUAGAGAGUGGAGCAGCAGUGGACUAUAGGCCUAACACUGGUGAAGAGUUCCCGAGGACUACACUCUGUGACGAACCGCUGAGGCUGGCCAUUAGGAAUAAGCAUUAUGAGGUGGCCCGUCUUCUUCUGGAACACGGAGCAGACCCCAACAAGCGCUACUUCUUCGGAGCAGAGAUCAACUUAGUAUCCGACCCUGAAUACUUGGAGUUACUGCUGACGUUUGGAGCCAACCCUGACUCCAGAGACAGAGCUGGAUUAACUCCGCUUAUGAAGGCUGCUAGGCAGAGAAAGGGUCUGGAUGCUGUUCUUCUGCUCAUCAGUUUCGGAGCCGAUGUGAAUGCGAUGGCUGACGCCAGGAAUGACUACCGGACUGUCAUGCAUUAUGCCGUACUAAGUGGUAACCCAGAAGUAGUGAAUCUGAUGAUAAAGCAGGGAGCUCGUGUGAACUACGAGUGUAAUGAGUUCAGCAAGCCCAGUCCGUUGGACCUCGCCAUCUUGAAGGGAGACGUCGCCAUGCUGCAGAUGCUGUUGGCUGCUGGUGCACAAGUGAAUGCAUCCAGUUCGGUGAUCGGAUCUCCCCUGCACGUUGCCUGCUCCGACAAUAUUACGAAUAGGAAAGAAAUUGUACAAGAGGUCCAGAAUCCAGCAGUAGACGUAUCACCCCCAUCCCGAAUCCCCCACGAUCCUCAAAUUCUCAAUUCCAAAAAGGCUGUUAACGCACUUGUUACGCCUCUGGUGCUCCAGAUUCUUCUAGAAAGCGGUGCUGAUCCAAACUUGAAGGUGUACAAUGAUGAAGACGCCACACAGCUGCGGCCAGCGCUCGCUGAGUACCUCGCCAGCAACCCGGAGCCCAGCGCUGAGAUUGUUGCAUUGUUGCUGAGAUACGGAGCUAGGGUCAUCAUGAAAACUCAAUUCCGUGAUCCAGACGGCAUCCUCAACCACCUCCAGAACGUCACUUCAGAAGAGUACCAACAUAUCUUCUAUCUCCUUUUAGAAGCAGCUGAAGCCUUCGAUCUAUGCAUGAUCAAAAGAAACAACACAGUUACAGCCACGCAAAAAGAAGUUUUAAUCCAUCGCGCUAAGACCCCUAUUUCCUUGCUCGCUCAAACAAGAAUAUUUUUAAGGAGAUAUUUUAAAACUAUGCUUGUGGAUGUAAUUCCCGACAUGGAAAUACCUAAAAUUCUCCACCAAUACCUACUUUUUAACUGUCGUUAAAAAAGAGGUUUAAUAUUUUAAGGUUUCAUUCAAGGCUGCAAAGAGGAAUUCUUUUGCCUCUUCUCUUUUGAAGAUAGUUUUUGGUGUUGCCAGUUUAUUAUGUCUCCCGGUUUUGUGGGUGAUUAUGAUUGUUGUCAGGUUUUGAUGAGUUGGAUAAAAUGGCACGAUGUUUUUUGAGCA